GUACAGAAAAAAUCAGGGGUACAAUAAAAUUUAUUACAAGUGAUGCGUGAAAGAUUUGUUUUUAAAAUUUUAACAAAAUGGCGGCCGACAUGUGCGAAGUUACAUAUUUAAUGUUGUAUAUAAAAUAGGAUAAAAUAUACGCUUAUGAGAUAAAAUGUUGUUACUAGACAAUGUAAGUGCAAUGAUACUUCAUCAACAUGAAAGUAACGAAAAUGAAUAUUUACUCCUUGAUGAGGAUGAUGAGGAUGAAAAAAUUGACUUAAAAGAUGCCACAGAUAUGUGUGGAACAACUGCUGAGGAAUAUGUUACUACACUGGAAAAUGAAAUCCAAAAGAUAUGCGAUGAGACUUUAAAAUACAAUGAACGUAUGCAUGAGGUCAAUUGUGAGUUGUUGGCACAGACCAAUGAAAACAAAGUUGAACUUCCUCAUGUUGUUUACACUUCAAAUUUAUCUACUUAUUUUAAAUGGAUGGCACAUCCUGUUUUUAUGCUUUCUGUAGCUUGUAUUAUGAUAAUGUGUGUUGUACUUUUUAUAACAUUGCAGUGACAAAAAAGCACAGAUAUAUUUACGAUUUAAUUUUAAAUUUAGGUGUUUUAAAUCAUAUAUUACAACAACUGUGUCUGUCUGUAAGAGGGAAAGUCUAUUAUACUUUCUACAAUCUUUUUUCCAAUGUGUAUAAAAUACGUUGUUUUAAUUAUUUUUUUUCUAAAAUUAUGUUUUUGUUAUAACACUUUCCUCCUGAAGCUAUGAAGACUAUAACUAACAUGUAUUCAUGAUUUCAAUUAAUGACCUUGUUUUUUUUCUUGCCUUUGUUUACUUACUGUUUUCAUGUUAAUAAACAUAAUGGAUUAAGUGAUAACGAUGGAGCUAUACAUUAAUAAUUAAAUUGAUUAUGAUUCACCUUAACUAACAAUAAAAUUUUUAUCUAGAAAAUGUUUUUUUUAAUUUGUUUUUAUUUAUAUUUUGAAUUUUGAAUUUAUUUAUUUCAUUUAAGACAUGCACAUAUUUUGGUAUUUGUGUUAAAGUGUGUGUACUCUACAUAUGGGAGUGUAAAUAUAUGAAUAGAUUUUAAUAACAUGUUUGUGUCCUAUUCUUUUUUCUUUCUUCAUUAAGUUUGGUACCAAUUCAGGAACUUUUACGGUUGCAUUUUAUACGCUUAAAAAAUUGUCUCUAAUUUUUUUUCUUGCUUUUUUUACUUUAACCAGUUGUUUUUGCAGUUCCAAACUAAGAUUAUUCUUAAUAGUCAUCUGCGCCUUAGAGGAGAGAGUAUCACCAAAAAUUGACAUAAAAGCUGACAGGGGAAGUGGGUUUUUUUAUUUCUUGUUGAUUUAGUUUUCUCCUUAGAGAGAAUUACACAAGUUGUUUAAUAUCCCUGUUCAUGAGAAGCAUUUUGAUUAGAGAAUUCUUAGUACUUAACUUCUCUAGGGACUCUUUCUACGUUUUGUCAGGUAUUAACUAACAAAUGUAUAUGUUAGUACACAGGAGUAUGUUUAAUAGAAAGCUAUAUAAAGCCCGUCAUACAUCACAGACAGCGAGUGAUUAGGGCGAAAGAAAAAAGCAAACAGGUAUGCACAAUUGAGGAUGGGGAAAUAAUCAAAAUUGUGUACAUCCUUUAUGGAUGACCCCUAAUAGCACCAACAUGUGACAAAAGAAAUAUUUUACUUGAAGAUAUUACUUUGAAAAUAAAUUUUUCCCUGGUGCAGACUGAUACAUCUUUUAAAUCACACAAAAAGGUUUUUAUAUUUUUAGGGAUAACAUGUGUAGGCCACCUAUAUUUAAAAGUUUGUUCAUCAUGAUGGACAUUAUUUAAACUUUUUUAUUAAAAAAUUCUUUUUCAGUAAAAGGAUCAGAAUUGUCCUACCUUUUACCUAGUAAAAUUGUCUUACCUAUACUAUGUUUUUACUCAAGACUCCAGAAUUUUUUAAAAAAAGAAAGUGACUAUGGUGACUAAUACAACUGCAAUACGACCUUGUGGCAAACUGACUUUGCCAAAGAUAUACUAGAUACAUUCUUUUUUUUAAUUAGCCUUUGUAUUACCUGCUCUAAAUCUGGAGAAAGUAAAACGUUUUGUGUUAUAUUCUCUCUUAAUCAACAGUAUAUAGCAGAUACAAAGUUGUAAAAUCUGGAUACAAUGAAGUUUGCUGUUUUCAAAAUCUUGAUUAUUAUUUGUUUUAUUAAAUCAUUUACGAGCAAAAUAUGUCCAAAAAAAUGUCAAUGUCAUUCCUCUUGGUUACGACAUGUUACCAGCGUAGUUGUGGAUUGCUCGAAACAAGAUCUUAAUUCCAUACCAACAAAGAAAAUACCUAGAUACAUAACAUCUUUCGUUCUGAAUGACAACUACAUCACAGAGAUCCCUAAGGAUGCUUUUAAGAAGUAUCGCUACUUGAGAGAAUUAUAUCUUUACAAGAACUUUAUCACUAAAAUUGACAAAGAUGCUUUUUCUGGCUUGCGAAAACUUACAGUGCUAUCUCUUCAUUCCAACAAGCUGGAGAGGAUUGAAAAUGGCACCUUUUCACAUUUACGAAGCCUUCGUAGAUUAUAUUUAUUUACGAAUUCUAUUCAAGCAAUCAAUCCGGAAACUUUUAAAGGUUUACGUAAUGUUGAAACAAUAAUUCUUCACGACAAUUUAUUACGAGAAAUUCCCAAGAAUGCGUUUUUAUCAAUGGAACGUCUUCGUAUGUUAACUUUGUACAGAAAUUAUUUGCAAUCAUUACGUACAGGAGCAUUUAAUGGACUUAAACAUGUCAAACAUAUGUACUUACAUCAAAAUAAAAUUGCAAAGAUAGAACCAGGAGCAUUUCAAGGUUGUUCACAAUUACAAAAAGUCCAACUUGGAGACAACAAUUUGAUAAAUAUUAUGCAAGAACAUUUUAUUGGUUUACCCAAUCUAGUGGAACUAUAUCUGGAUAACAAUCGCAUUGAGCUAAUAGAACCUGGCAUGUUUAAUGAAAUACCCUUAUUAAAGAAGUUGGUGCUGUUAGGUAAUCGCAUUCACACAAUCAGACCAAACUCAUUUCAGAAUAUGUCAAACCUUUCUGUUUUAUCUUUAUCUGGUAACAGAUUAAAAUACUUGAAACCUGGAAUGUUCUCAGGGCUGGUCAGCCUGCGACAGCUGUUUUUGCAGGAUAACAGAAUAGCAUUGAUAACACCUUUCACAUUUCAAGGAUUAAAGGGUCUUCAGCAACUAUAUAUAUUCCGCAAUCAGAUUUAUUACAUUCAAGCAAAAACCUUCAUUGGUUUAUCCUUUUUGUCAGAAUUGAAUAUUGGCGUCAACAAUAUAUCUGGUUUAGACAAUGGUGCUUUUACUGGACUGCAUCGACUUCGAGCUCUACAGCUGAAUUCAAAUCGUAUUCAAUAUAUACCAUCUGGUGCUUUCCAAAAUCUUAGAAAUUUAUUUCGAUUAGUAGUGUAUUUCAAUAGAAUUUCCAUCAUUGAAGAAAACGCAUUUUCCGAUCUUCGAAGAUUAAUUUCAAUAGUAUGGUAUCCUCCAAAAUUAUUAGUUGUUACAAGCAGAAGGUUACGUUCUUUACAAAGCAACAAUUUACAAUGCGAUUGUAACACCAAAUGGUUAAAACCUUGGCUGUUAAAGAAACGAAUAAAGGCUGUUAUAUUUUGUGAGCAACCUGCGUCAUUGAAAGGUUCCAAUGUAACUGGAUUGGAUGAUAAGCAUUUCGAAAGAUGCGCACCAUUGUCUAUUGACGUUACACCUUCCGAAAGCAUCGUUCCCCAAGGCUCCACUCUAUACAUAAAAUGCGUAGUAAAUAAUGGUGGGAAUUUUACAUGGAUUAAGAAUGGAUAUAUGUUACCAUCAACUGAAUCAACCUUUCAAACGACAUCUGGUAUUUUGAUAUUGCGAAACGUGUCUUCUACCAGUAAUGAUCAAUACACUUGUCUUGUAACAUCACACAACGGAAGCAUUGCAGCGUCAGCAUUCGUAAGAGUUGGAAAAAAGCCUGAGCUACUAGAUAAUUUAGAGGAAGCUAUAAUGGUUGAAAGUUUAGAUGUUAGCGUUACCAUAACUUGUAAGGCAAAAGGUGUUCCUACUCCCCAUCACAGGUGGUAUAAAAAUGGUAACGCUGUUGUGAAUAACGUUGAUAACAAGUUUAUUACCUGCGAUGGAACGCUAAUAAUAACCAAGUUUCAAGAGAGUGACGUGGGUAUCUAUGAAUGUGAAGCUAGCAAUAAACUGGGUGUUGUGAAAAAAAUUAUCAGUAUUCGUUUAGCAGACGAAGGCACAUCAAAAUGCAGUAGAAGGUGUAGUAAGGGUUACACUUGUGUCAGAUCGUACACAUGUCAAUGUUCAAUAAAUAGUUUAGCAGCGCAAUGUAAGAAAUACUCUAAUCAAAGUGAGGAAGGGUCUGGUGACGAACUGUUGAGUUCAGAUAAUGAAGAAGGAGACGCAGAUGAAAUAGGGGAAGGGGAAGCAUCAUCCAAUGAUAGGAUGUCUAAUUCAAAUGGUUUGGCUGGUAAACCAAUAAUACCGACACGUCCAUCGAAUACUGGUUUGACGACGCAAUCUCAUUCACCCUCCAGUGUUUAAGUUCUGCAGCAAAGAAAAGUGUAUAUAUUUCCAUAUCGACAUUUUUUCUUUGAGAUGAUGAAAACUGACUAGUUCGCAUAAGCAGUAAAUUUUCAAAUCCGCUAAAAAAGCUUGAAUUACUAGUCUUCCAGCUAUACAGAAGAUUUUUUUUCUCCUAACUUUUAGGAAGGCUUUCUACCCUCCUAGCUAUAAAAUUGAAUGUUUAGUUAAUUUUUUUCGCGGAUCUGCACAGGGCGAUGCAAUUUUAAUCCAAACAUUUUGAUCACUCUUUAACGUUGACUGAAACGGAUGUCUUAAUGAUAGAGUGGUGUAUAAUAUGAAUACAGGAGCUGAAUAGGAGAAUGUAAAAAAUAAAACAGUUUUCAAAUGGUUUCCAAAUUGGUCAAGCCUCUGAAAUGCUACGCGAAUUUUUUUUCUCAUGAAACAUAUUUGUUUUAUUCAAGAAAUAUAUACUUGCUUGAAUACAUUUUUUCACAUUUGUAAAAAUAUUGCACAUUAUAUAAAAUGUGCUACGAGAUUUUAUUUUUUUUAUUGUAUAAAAAUAAUAUUUUUAAAAAUUA